AUAUAUCAUUGUAGUAGCACGAGCAUUAUUAUGCAAAAUACAAAAACAAAAGUUUAGAGAAAAAUUCAUAGACAGAGAGAGAAACUUCUUUGUAGAGAUAAGAUGAGAUACACUUCAUCCCUUAGAAGUCCAAAAAAAGAAGAACAAGAAGUACCAGAAUCUAUCACACCAAACUUUAACAAAUCUUACACUCAUGAAGAUUUCUAUCUUUUAGAUGAACUAGAAGAGUACUUGAACAUUGAGGAAGAACAACAAAAAAUUUCACCACAAAAUAGUAGUGGUGAGCUUCAUUGGGAUAUCAUGGAAUGGGACGAAUUUAACCGUGUUGGCGAUGAAGCAGAAUAUAGUGAAGAGAAGAAUAUAAAGAGAGAAAACAAUGAUGAAUUUGGUGAAGUGAAUGAUGAAAAGAGUGUGGCUUUGAAAUUGAAUUUGAAUUAUCAAGAGGUUUUGGAUGCAUGGUCUGACCGUGGAUCUCUAUGGGCUGAUGGUUGUUCUUCAUUGUCUACCAAUAAUUAUGCUUCCUAUAUGGGAGAAGUACCAAUAUUGGAAGAAGAGAGAAGAAGAAGAGAAGCAAGUGUUCUUAGGUACAAAGAGAAACGUCAAAACAGAUUGUUCUCAAAGAAGAUAAGAUACCAAGUUCGGAAAUUAAACGCUGAUAAAAGACCAAGAAUCAAGGUCACUCACUUUUUGAAUAAUUUUUUUUUUUUUUUUGCAAUAGCAUGUUUAUUUUGUUUUGUAAUGAAAACAUCUUUUUGUGAUAUUUUGGAUGUAGGGUCGCUUUGUGAAGAGACACUAAGGUCACUCAAGAGAAAAUAUCUCAAUUCCAAAAUAUCUAGGACCACUCUUCUAGAUGUGCUUUUAAUUGGUUUUAGUUCUAAUAUUCUUGUAUUUAUCUAUUCAAUUUUUUUAUUUUGGUUUUUUUUGUUUGUUUUAAUAUUUCUUUUCCUACAGAAUUUGAAAAGAAUGAAUUCCUAACAAUAUAUAUAUACUCCUAAUUUAUUGA